CCGGAAGUGGCUCCUGCCCCUCGUUCCCCGGCGCAUGCGCAGCGCGGGGAGGCCGGGCCCGGGCUCGGUACCUGGCCAGGUUGAGCGAGGCGGACCGGACGGGACCGGACCGGACCGGCGGGGGGAGGCGGCGCCAUGAUGCGGUUCAUGCUGCUGUUCAGCCGGCAGGGGAAGCUGCGGCUGCAGAAGUGGUACCUGGCCACCUCGGACAAGGAGAAGAAGAAGAUGGUGCGGGAGCUGAUGCAGGUGGUGCUGGCUCGCAAGCCCAAGAUGUGCAGCUUCCUCGAGUGGCGGGACCUCAAGGUGGUCUACAAAAGAUACGCCAGCCUGUACUUCUGCUGCGCCAUCGAAGGGCAGGACAAUGAGCUGAUCACGCUGGAGCUGAUCCACCGAUACGUCGAGCUGCUGGACAAAUACUUCGGCAGCGUGUGCGAGCUGGAUAUCAUCUUCAACUUCGAGAAGGCCUAUUUCAUCCUGGACGAGUUCCUCAUGGGCGGGGAGAUCCAGGACACCUCCAAGAAGAGCGUGCUGAAGGCCAUCGAGCAGGCUGACCUGCUGCAGGAGGAGGAUGAGUCACCCCGCAGCGUGCUGGAGGAGAUGGGGCUGGCAUAGCGAGCGGCUCGCUGUGCCUCCCCCAUCCGUCCCCGGCUGCGUCGGACACCGCGGGGGCCACAUCUCCGUCUUCCUGCAGCCGGACGUGGGACCAAGUCGCCCUGGAGCCGCCGGGGGGGUGAGCCCCAUGAACUGUGUGUAAAUAUAUAGAUAGACACCACGCGGGGAGCCCCCCGCCCCGGGUCCGCCUCCUUCCCUGCUCCCGGGCGUUCCCCUGCCUGCCGAUGGCCGCUCAGAGCGGGGAGCCUGGGGAGGGGACUGGCUGGGCGGAGGCGGCCUGUGCACAGCGAUCCUGCCGCCGCCCGGAGCAAUCGGGACCCCGCAGCUGUGUCCCGCCGGGCAGGGGGCUACAGGCCAAUUUCCCCCGGCAUCUCCGUGGGCGGGGCGCUCAGGGCGUGUGCCCCCCCCUUGGGGAAACGGGGUCCCCCCUUUGGAAUAAAGUGUGUGUGGAGAA